CGCUACGCGACGUUCGCUUAUUCCAUUUCCAAGAUGGCGGACCACAGAGAACGGGAUUCAUACUACUCGCAAACGGAUCCGCGUUCGAAGAAUGACGACCCACCAAAUUCCCGGUUAUUUGUCAUCUGCCACAAGAACCUGGAGGAGGAUGAUCUCAGGAAGGCUUUCGAGAAGUUCGGCAAGAUCGAAGACAUCUGGGUGGUCAAGGAUCGCAACACCGGGGAAAAUAAAGGUGUUACAUACAUUAAAUUCUCAAAGACAUCGGAAGCAGCAUUUGCUCUGGAAGAGAUGAAUGGGAAAAUGCUGGGCUGUGUUGGACGGCCCAUUAAAGUGAUGAUAGCCUCAAACCGCGAUCAAGGUUCGGUUCGUGAAACAAAUGAAGAGGAACGGUGGGUUCGUCUGUUUUGUGUUCUCCCUAAAUCGAUGACAGAUGGCGAGCUUCAGCAAGAGUUUUCCAAGUUUGGAGCGAUUGAAUAUGCAACCGUAGUUAAGGACAGAAAUACCAACGAAUCAAAGGGAUUUGGAUAUGUGAAGUUCAGGAAAGUAUCCAGUGCAGCCAAGGCGUUCGAAGAGUGCGACAGGAAAUAUAAAGCAGUAUUUGCUGAGCCGAAGAAGCCAAAGCCUGAGCAUACAGAGGCAAAGUACAGUAAUGGUUUGUCCGUACCAUAUGACAAUAUCGGAGGAGCAUAUACAUCUUCGAGUUUUGGAAAAAGUAGCGUCAAUUUGGAGAUCGCCACAAAUUAUCCAAACACAGAAGGUUAUACGAGGCUUCAAGUCAUUGCACACCCGGCGUUAAACCAGGAUCAGUUAUGGAGACUGUUCGAUAUCGUUCCUGGAUUGGAUUAUUGUCACUUGAAGACUGAUGUGCGCUAUCGAAUGCCCAGAGGUCAGGCUACAGUCGUCUAUUCAAAUCCCAGUGCAGCCGCAUAUGCGAGAGAGAAAUUUCAUGGUUUCGAAUAUCCUCCCGGUCACAGAAUGAUCGUCAAGCCAGACUUGACUGGUGCUGCACCUCUUCCAAAGUCUGUUUCGAAACCUACCAGUUCUAGUAUAGCAGGUCUUCCUAGAACGGAUUUGGCACAUCUAGCAGAAACCAUCGCACAAGCUACAUCCCUUAUACAGGCUGCAGGACUGACAGCACCAAGCUCACUGGGUGUUGAACAAAAUCUGGGCAUCAAACUACCUCCGGUGCAACCAAUGGCGAGCAUCGACGCCGAGGUUGCGAAGAGGUGCUUUAUUGUGUGUGGACCACCUGUUCCACCAAUCUAUGCAAUGAAGGAUGCAUUCUCUAGGUUUGGUAACCUAAUUGAUGUUUACAUGCUCCCUGGGAAAAAUUGUGGAUACGCGAAGUAUGCUUCUGUGGAAAGCGCGAAUAAAGCUAUCGAGGUUUUACAUGGGCAGGAGAUUUGUGGGUCUCGGUUGAAGGUGUUGGAGGCCGAAGAACGUAACGUGGGCGAGGAUCGGAGAAAGCGCUUACGUAUGGACGAGGACGAGCAUUAAAUUCCGGUUUCGUGUAUUACGUAAACUGACUGGUAUACACAAGCUGGACGCACGCAACAAAAGAGACGAAUUUUAAGACUCACUUGACCACGUUGGGCCUGCAUCCAAAGGAAACUCCAACUACUUUUAACUAUCGUUUACGUUUGAAACAUCAACGUUACUGAAACCUUAACGAUACCUCCCUUACUUAUUACACUUACAACAUCUUCACGCAACUCAUUCUUUGAACAGGCCUGUGCGAAGAGUGAUAUCUUCAAAGUAUAUAUACAUAUAUAUACAUAUAUAUAUGUGUGUAUAUAUAUAUAUCAAAUAUCCACGUGAGACUGCGUCGAUAUCGGAGUCUGAUUUAAUCCCAGUUAACUUUUAAGAGUCCAGUAAAGUCAGAUCGGCAAUAUUGAAUAUUAACGUCAGAAAUGAGGAAAUCGGGUAAAGUUCCUAAUCGAUGUUCUACAAAGCGAAUGACAUUUGCCAAUGAAUAGUACGACAGGAAGGAAUUUAUUAUUAUUGGUAUUAACGAAAAGUGUCAGUCGAUUAGUUGAUAACGGGUCUUGCACUGCGAAAUGAGAUAUCACUCACCGAAAAUUGGCCCGUUGACGAGAUUAGGUCCGAUAAUUCGGCAAUGAACACUGUCAAUCACAAACACGGACCAGCUGACAUGUUUUAUGCAUCCACUGGUUACUAUAGCUUCUUUAUUUCGACGAAUACGUGAAAAAUGUGAAAUCUUUAAGUACUGAUUGGGAAUUUCACGCGAUUGCCUCGCUUCUGACGUCAAAAACAAAACAAAAAAAAAGAGCCGACUUGGCUUUACCGGACCCUUAACCAAGCCACGGCGGAAACUGUGCAUGCGACAUCCGCGUUUGUUCGUAAAUAUACGCAAUCGCUGCGUCUAAAGUAGAUAAAGAGAGAGAGAGAGAGAGAGAGAGAGAGAGUGUGAAAGAGAGAAAACAUGAAACAAGGAAUGACGAGAAUUACCGCGUAGAUAUUUUUGUAUUUUUAAAAUUAAACGGGACUUAAAAUCCAAGGCCACUCGCCGGAGUCCCUUCGUACUACGUGCACAUUUACAUUUCGGAUAGAUCAUUCUUGACAGCCGUUCGUCGGUAAUCUGAAAUUUAGGGGGAAAAAAAAAGAAAGAAAGAAAUCAUCGAAUCGAUUCGCAUUACGAGAGGUAUCGCCGACGACACCUCCCGGACUAGCGACAGUAUGUGCCAACGGAGAUUACUUUAAGUACGUUGACGUAAUUCGACGCGCUCUCGACAUGUUUGUGAAACAAUGUUAGACUUACGAGUAACGAUUAGCCGCGAGAGUUUGGGAGCUCAUCGAAUGAACCUCACCAAGUGUACUAUUCGCACAGGCUUCGUGUUCAUUCUGUGCCGUAGCAUUAGCACUUGUUAUAUUUUUUAUUAUUUCUCGGUCGAUCCAUGAUUCGCGGUUCUGCCUGUUUUUUUUUUUUUUUUUUUUUAAAAGAAGCCGAGAUCAAGUCGCGACGUUCCACGUUCAAGUUAUCGAUGCUCUGAUAACCGAUUGCAUGCCAAGGAUGUGGUUGCUGAUCGACUCGCGUUCCAAAGCAAGGAUCGUCCCCGUCGUUGGAUGUCGAGUACCCUUUUUUUUUCUUUUUUUUUUUUCCAUUAUGGUGUGGUCUCGUUAAGACCGAUUCAGACAUGUUCGCGCCUCGUCCGUGCAGGAUGUUCAAAAGAUAUAGAAUGUUCAAAGGGAACAGGAUGUUCUUACACGGCGGUUACUGUAUGCCGAGUCACUUAGAAGAUUGGAUUUUACAGUCGAGGGAUUUCACUAAUUUCGUUGAUUUCGUUAAUUUCACUUAUUUGCAUUUUAUGCAAAAAGCGCAAGUGGAUCCAUGAAAUUUGUAAAGGAAGAAAGAAAAAUGUAGAAUGUUGUUCAAGGAGCUUAUAGAUGGUGAAAGUAAAUUCUGUCGAUACUUCGGGAUGUUUUAAUGGUUAUUUAAUGUAGGACGGAGUACGGUGCAAAAUUCCCGCAAUUUUGUACGGUAUUUAGGUAGAAUAAUUGCCAUAUUAAUUAAUGAAUCGAGUUUAUCAAACGAUUAACAAGAGACAUUUAAUGGGCAUUUCGUUGUCCAAGAUUGAAUGACGAGUUUGGUUAAAUAAAUCGAUUUUAGUUAUACACAAUUCACGAUUGCAUGCAGAAAUGCAAAAAAACCCGCUAAGUAAAAUUGCGGGUAUUUCUCGCCGCAUAUUGUAUUAAAAAGAAAAAAUAAAUAAAUAAAAUAAAAUUGAAAUGGAACAGGAAUAUUUUGGGGAGAACUAGGAAGCAUAAAAGCAUGAAUUCAGUCGUAGAAAAGAUGCUGUACCGUAAAAUUAUCGACUCAGAUCAGUGUCGGCGCACUGACACUGACACGGACGGAUACGGAUACUGAACGAAUACGGAAAUGUACGAAUACUCAUAGAGCUUAAAGACAUGGAUGAGACGAUCUAAAAGAGAUUGUCAAAAGGUUAGACGGUAUCUUUUGUCGAAACUUUUCCUAAAAUUAUUACUGCGCAAGUGUAGAGUACGUCAUAGCCAUAUUCAUGCCGUCGCUUAAACUUCCUUUGUCAAAAGAUUUCAAUCGCAGCCUACUUCCGGAAAAGUUUAGAGAAAGAUGAUUUCUCUUAGGAUACUUGAACGUAUACAUGUACUAUUGUAUAUUAUUGCAUUGCUCUCUCCAUUUUUUAUAAACUCUGUGGGAAUAUUUUAAUUCUUUGACUGCUGAAGACGUAUGUUUACGUCUACUGUUUGGUCCAUUAUUGCCUGUAUACGCUGGGGAAUUUCGCCCAUACGUCAAAGGGGCUUUGCAGUCAAAGGGCUAAUAAAAAUAUGAGAUGUUUCCAUCCUCACGGACACGUCACGGAUAUGCUGAAUCGGACUUUAUGUUACAUCUCGGCGAUCCACGUUUUAGCUAUACGUACACAACGACUCGCGCACCGCGAAUGUCUGCGGCACGCGAUAUUUAACUGGACAUUAGCGAUAGCAUGAAUUUUAUAUAUAGUUACAGUACUCCGAUAUGUCGAACGAACGGUGUCUAGUGUGUAAUGGUGUACCCGCGGGAUCGUUAAGUACGCCUUGAUAUUUAUAAUUAAAUUAAUUUGUCCCCGCGUUAAGGGUCGUACAUCGCGUAGAAAAAAAAAGGGCCAUUUACAUUUUUAGCAAAGGACAGCAUUGCCGAUAAUGUUUUGCGCUUACUACAGGAAUAAUCGCAACAAUGAAAAUGUUUGCAAUUGUAUCGAAUAGUAGUCGUAACCAGUGGGGAGCUUUUUUUUAAAGAAAAUGCCUGCUAAAUUGGCAAAUGAAUUUGCUGCAUCUGCCAAAAAGAAAAUAUUGUCGUCACUAUUCAAAGGAAUGGGUGAUAGGGAAUUUGUUGUUCCUAGAAAAGAAUAUUGCAACUAUGAAUAGAAUUUUUUCUGCCCCCAUAACUUAUGGCGUUUUGGGAUAGAAUUUCAUGUGGGAUUUUCUUUUUUUUCCCGUUCUGUCUGAAUGCUAAUUUUGCACUACGUGGGUUUUAUUGCUACAUGUCUGCAGUACUCUUGCGCUAAGUCGAUUGCGAAUAAUACUUUAAGGGGAGAAUUGAGAUAAUGAGUCAUUAAUGAAUGUUGACGACGUAAAUGCCCAUAAAUUGCGCCGUUUGAAUUAUGUUGGAAGGCACGGCUUGCUUUUAGACUGGGUUCUCGGGGUUCUUUGAGGUUUUUCCUGGACAUGCGACUACCAGGGUGUUCAGGAAUUGUCUUGACGUCGUCUUCGAGGUCCUGGGUCUUAUGAUCCCGAGGGUACGCACAUGGUAUAUGUGAUGUCGCGUGUACAUCAGGCCGCACGUAAAAAACGCACACAGCAAGCACGCUGCAAGUGCUUCAAGAAGCAUUGAAUGAAACUUCAGGGUGUCCCAUUUUAUGAACCGAGGAUUUAACCGAAGAAUGUUUCAUAUAAAGUUUCUUUGUUUCGAGGGCGAAGAGUAGGAAGAAGAUAAAGGAAAAUGUAGGAUUUACAAUGAUGAUGUUACAUUAAGCAAUAUUUCAUCUUUCUUUGCUUUUAAUAAAUUUUUUUUUUCCUUAAGUUGCUUGCUUGGAGUCCUAUUUUUAAGGGGUCUAAUAUGGUUGACUCGCUUGAAAAAUUAAACGGCUCGAAUAAUUACUGUAAUUUUUAUUUAACAUAUUCUUUCCGUGGAAAUAAUUCCUUUUUCGAAAGGGGAACAACGUGCCCUAAGUCACUUACGACGAUUUGGCCUUGAAAUUUGGGAAAACAGUAUUGAAGGAGAAAUGGUUCCUCUAAAAGUUAUGGGGUUUCUAACAAGAAAUUUGAAAAAUAAAGGGUGUCAUUAAAAAAAAAUAAGAGGUUUACUUUAAUAUCAUCAUUGGGAGUAUUACACUUUCCUUGGUAUUAUUUCCAUUGUUCCCCCUCGAAGUCACACAAUUUUAAGGCAAAACAUUCUUUAAAUAUACCCUGAGGCCUGUACUCAAAUCUCUUUUAAAAGACUAUUAUCUGUAGACUUUAAACGGCUAAAGGACGUCUUUCAGCGCUAAAAUUGAGGCAUGAGCACGAACGUAGACAAAAGACAUCAUUUAAUGCUAAAAUUCAAGUACAAGCACGAACCAUAAUUCUCAGAAUACUCUUAACGAGUCCUUAAAAAUGGGCCACUCUGUAUAUAUAUAU